AUCGGUGGGCAAAUAAAAAAUUGAUAGGAAUGCAGAUAAAUUGGUAUUUCUGGUCACUCGGAGUGUUUGCAUAACACCGAUGUAAACAAACCCAAACUGCCGGCAUACCUGGUAGCGGAUACUAAUUUUGGAGCGUUUUUCUCGUCCUUUCCACGGCAAUGAACUGGCUUCCCAAACGGUCCGGCAACGAAACGAGAUGCAUACUGGAGAUUCUCACCUCGAAGCGGCUGCUGGUGGAUCAUCUGGAGGUGGCCGAGGUGUGCUUUCGCCUUGCCCCGAAUGCCGACCGGAGCACCACCACCACCACCACCACCAUCCGAGUGCCCUUCAAAGCGGUUUGUGCGGGAUGCAUUGCGGCCGUAGCGGCUUCCACGCGAUACGCCCGUUCCCAUGUAAGGCCGAUUGUGGCAGCCUCCGUUGUGAGCGGCACCGUCCUGCUGCUCGGUGCAGUGGCGUACGAGAAGCUGCAUUACUAUCGUGACCUCGGCACGAUUACCAACCUGCUACGGGCGAUCGAACAGUAUGAUACGGCCGCAAAGCGAAUGCUUAUAUUCAUAAACGAGGUAAUCUACGGCAACGAACGGAUCAACUCGGUAAGGCGCGGUACCACCGAAAAUGAACUGCUGGAGGCGUGCAUGGAAAGUUGCACCAAAGCGAUCUACGAGCUGUACGACAGCGUGAAAGUGUUGGAAGAGCGAACCGAGCUGCGGGAAGAGUACGGCGAUGCGUAUGACCCACUGGAGUCGUUUGAAGACUGUGAAAUAUUUAAGCAAACGGCCACCAAUCAUAGCAAUGCUAAGCAAUUGUACAAUAUUUUUUUGUACAUGCAGUCACACUGCCUGUUGCGACUGUCGCUGGCAAUGGCGAGCGGUACGGCGGUGGCGGAAAUACGCCCGGAAUGCAAUCGUCUCACCGGCUGCCUUACACGCCGAGCGGAGGAUCUUACGCGACAGCUCAGGCUAAACAGUGUAUCGCAAGCUGAUUGCUUCCGGCAGCUGGGCAAGGCAAAGGAACCGACCGCCAAGGAGCUGGCGGCACUGAAGCACCAAUCGCUCGAGCUGACGGUCAAGCUGGCGGCGAACGUGAACCACAUGCUGGCGUUGGACAAGGCAGUGCAGUCGGUCGCCAGCACCACCUCGACAUCCGAUCGGCAGCAGCUCGAGGAGGCUGCCUCCCAGCUGGCCACGAUGCAAUCCUACCUUCUCACCCGCACCGACGAAUGCGAACGGUUGCUAAUUACGGCCAAAAAGCUGCUCAACAACGCGCCCGAGGAGCAGGCGACUGGUGCGUUGGACGAGGAGGAGCUGGACGCGUUGCCCCUUCCGGACACGCUCGGCGAACCGCUUGCCUUGGCGCCAAACUCAGCGCUCGACUGGCAGGAUGAAUUUUUCGUCAACACCGGUGCGGAGGGGGACGAAGAGUUGAACGAAGGCGCGGCCGGCACAACGCUGGAUCAGCUGCAGGCGGAGGACGAGCUGGUCGCGAAGCGGCUGAUGCGCAAGCAGUUUCAGCCGAUACUGCGCCAGCUGCGCGAACGGCUCGUACCGGUCGAGCAGUCGUUUAGGGAGCGCGAACGGGCGGCUAUGAAGCGGAAGGGCAUCGUGCUGCCCGAGGCCGAUGAGAUGGGCCCGCCCGAACUGGAGGAGAGCAUGAGAAAAGCCUUCGCGAACGGUGAAACGGACGACGAGUCGGCGGACAGUGACGGUUCUGCGGACACGUUCCGGCUCAAGCGCAGGACCCAGACCCGGUACGAUGAGGAUCGUGAUUUUCUCGCAAGCAAGCCCCAGUUCAGUUUGCUGGCGGUCACGCUGCCGACGGGUGUCCAGAUGGAGGAAAGCAUCUUGGAGUAACGGUUACGGGGGGAGGGGGGGAGGGAGGGAGGUAUGUAGGCUUAGUUAUUUAUUGUUGGGGAAUCGUGAUCGAAAGAUAUUAAGCCGCCAUUAAAAUCGCUUUUUAAUGAA